AUGGCUGACGUCAAGGAGAUCACCGAGCACUGCGAACACAAACUUGCCACCUUCUCUCUCCCCGGCCACACGGCAAGGACCGGCAGCAUGGACCUCCCCGUGAUCAAGAAGCAGCAGCUCAAGAUGGGCACCGUGCUGGGCGUGGGCAAGUACGGCACGGUGUACCGGGGGCGCCUGACGCUCCCCCGGGGCGGGGCGGUGCCCGUGGCCGUCAAGAAGCUGGAGAACGACCCCGAGCUGCUGGCCAAGACCUCCGAGGAAGCGGGUGUGCUGCAGGAGCUGGAGGGCGAGGCGGCCGUGCCCCGGCUGUACGGGCUGACAGCAGACUCUUCCCCGUGCAUGGUGAUGGAGCUGUGCCCGGGGGAGCGGCUGGAGGACUGCCUAGGCCGCGGCAGGGUGCGCGCCUGCCUGCUGGCCCUCGUGGAGGUGUGCGGCGUGGUGCGGCGCCUGCACGCGCGGGGCAUCGCCCACGGCGACAUCCACGAGGGCAACGUGCUGGUGGACGCGUCCGGCGAGGGGGUGCGCGCCUUCCUGUUGGACUUCGGUCUGGCGGCGCGGGGCGCGGACCCAUGCCAGCAGGAGAAUGACGUCAUCGACAUAGCGUGCACGGCCCUGCAGGUCAUCCCUGACACGGAGCGUUUCUCUGACCUCCGACAGAGCCUUGAAGAUGCCCCUGACCUCAAUGAGGUCACUGCUCUCCUGCGACAAGUUUUGGAGGAUGACUUUAAAGAAAAGGCCUCGAAACCCUCCAAGAAGCGAAGAAUGAGUCCAAGAAGGGUCCCGGCAGACCUCUCCAUUGGUUACUUUGUCAUCCCGCCAGGCAUCCAGGCGACGUCUCAUUGGUCCUUAGCUGCACCUCGUAGUGACGCCACAUAG